AUGAUCUCGGAAGGGUCAUGGCAGUACCACGACGAGAUCGACCUGGAGUUCCUCGGCAACGUCACCGGCCAGCCCUACACGCUCCACACCAACAUAUUCGCCAACGGCGUCGGCGGCCGGGAGCAGCAGUUCCGCCUCUGGUUCGACCCCACCGCCGACUACCACACCUACACCAUCGAGUGGAACCCCAAGUACAUCUUGAAUAGAGUGGACGGAAAAGUUAUCCGUGCGUUCAAGAACUACCAGGACCAGGGCGUGCCGUUCCCGACGCGGCAGCAGCAGCGCAUGCACGGCAGCCUGUGGGACGCGGAGGACUGGGCGACGGAGGGCGGGCGCAUCAAGACCGACGGGUCGCGGGCGCCCUUCGUCUCCUACUACCGCAACUACAACGUCACCUGGUGCCAGCCGUCGCCCGGAGUGGCGUGGCGCGGCGACGAGCCCAAGGACUCCACGCGCUUCGACCUGGACCAGCGGGAGCUAGCCGACCUGCAAUUGGCAAAAGACAACUACAUGAUCUACGACUACUGCUCCGACCACAAGAGGUUCAACGAGACGGACUUCCCCAAAGAGUGCUACUUGCAAUGAGGUCAUCACGCGUUCAUUCAUCGGGCGCUGCUUGGUUGCCAAUUGAGAGGGGAUCGAUGGAUUGCUGAGUUUCGAUCCAAUGAUUAUUUUUGUACAUCUGAAGAAACAGGUGCAAUUUCGAUUCUUUAUUAGAUUGGUGAUUUGGUCUCCUGCCUGCCCCC